AUGGCUUCUAGCCUCUGCCCUCCGUCCCCGCUGCUCGUGCGGGUGUCCCAUCCCGGCACCCGCCUCCAAUGGAAGCUAGAAAAGUACUUCCAGAGCCGGGAAUCGGGCGGCGGGGAGUGCACCGUCCAAGCCCUGGACCGCAGCGACCCCAACUCGAACACCUUCCGGGUGCAGUUCCUGCAAAGGGCGGGUAAGGAUGGAGUCUUGAAAAAAGGAAAGCACCAAAUUGUGGUUGACAACCAACCUGUGACUAUUUUCCUGGAACCCAAUGAAAAUGCAAAAGAGAAGACCAAGAUGUCUUCUUCAACACAGUCACAAAAAGGGGCAAGGCACGGUGAGAAGCCUCCAAAUGUAAAGGACAUUCAUAAUGCUGCAGAUUCCUGUCUCCAGAAGAUCUUUCUUACUGUCACGGCGGAACUGAACUGUCAACUGUUCUCUAAAGAGCAAAGGGACCGCAUCGCUGUUCUCUACCCCAAUGUCAAACUAGUGAAGGGCCAUGAUGGAACUGAGAAAGUCUGUGGUAACUUCAAAGAUAUUGAAAAAAUACAUGGGUUCUUAAGUGACCAGCUCCUGGAAAGGGAGCAGAAACAUGAAUCUUCCCCUUUGACAUCAGAGAGGGAGCCACUCAGUCAGCAGGACAGGAACAGCUGUGUUUCUCCCUUCGAAUCAGAAAGCAGGUCAGAAGAAAAAGGCAACCGUUUUGAAGUUCCCUUGGCUUUCUUUGAAUACUUCACACACUCCUGCCCUGAUAAAAUAGCCUCCAUAGAGAAAAGAUUUGGUACAAAAAUAAAAAGUCAGACGAGUUCUCCGAAUAUGGUCUAUUUAGACUUCACCUCCAGUCAAUCAGGUAACCUCGAAGCAGCUCGCAAGGAUUUUGUCGAAGAAUUUCAGAAGCGUGUAGAGACUCUGACGCAGGAACGUGUUGCGCUAGCAGACAGUAAGCAGGCAACCAAAAUCAAAGAGGUGUUAAAUCACCAGUUUGCAAAGCUCCUCAUAAAGGAGAAAGGAGGAGAAUUAACUCUCCUUGGGACCUCAGAUGACAUUUCAGCUGCCAAACAUUUUCUUGCCUCAAAGAACUUUAAAAGUCUUGUCAAGCCACCUGUGAAAAUAUUGACUCCUAAGGAUAUGAUGAAGGGAAUUGAGGUUGAUACCGCUCACUAUAAGCUUUUAGAAGCAGAAUUAUCCCAGGAGAUAUCAAAGAUAGGAAAAAAGUAUGACACUCAAAGUAACAUUUUGGGGAUAAAUCAGAAAACCUGCAUUCGAUUUGAACCCAAAACCAAGGAGUUAGAUCUAUCCAUGCAUGCUUAUUCAAGUUUCAUCGACACCUAUCAACAUGUCUCUUGUCAGAUUAUGAGAGAAGUUCUUUCACUGAAACUUUUGGGCAAGGAGAGAAAACACUUACAUGGGACAAAGUUUUCUGAUGAUUUUAGAAAAAGGCAUCCAGAUAUACACUUUGUGCUAAAUCGAGAGUUGAUGACUUUGAUUGGGUUGCCGAAUCAUCUUACAAAGGCAAAACAGUAUCUCUUAAACAGAUGGGGGGUGUCUCCAUCAGCUACAGAGAAAACACUCAUGGAUACUGAUAGUCAUAAUUCAAAAACAGCUUCACCAACAUUGCAUCACCCCGCCAGUUCUGAGGUGUCAGAAGUGAAUGAGGAACAGGACACAUGUGCCAUCUGUUUGAACACCAUUAGUAACAAACAAGUGCUCUCAAAGUGCAAGCAUGAAUUCUGCAGCCAUUGUAUCAGAGAAGCCUUCUCAUAUAAGCCAGUCUGUCCUGUGUGCCAGACUUCCUAUGGUGUCCAGAAAGGGAAUCAGCCAGAUGGAAGAAUGAGCACUAUUGUUCUAAGAAACUCACUUCCAGGUUAUGAAUCCUGUGACACCAUUGUGAUUACUUAUACUAUUGAAGGAGGCAUACAAACAAAAGAGCACCCAAACCCAGGGAAGAGAUUUUCUGGAAUACAGCGAAUUGCAUACUUGCCUGAUAACAAGGAAGGAAACGAGGUUUUGGAUCUGCUUCGUAGGGCCUUUGACCAAAAACUGAUUUUCACAGUAGGGGAGUCUCGAACAUUAGGAAUCCCAGAUGUCGUUACAUGGAAUGAUAUCCACCACAAAACGUCCUGCACUGGGGGACCACAAAGGUAUGGUUACCCUGAUCCUAACUAUCUGAAACGUGUCAAACAAGAGCUUAAAGACAAAGGAAUUGAGUAA